CUCAGCGAGCGUGUACAUACAUCAGCGUGAAUAGAGAGAAAACCAUGUCCUCAAUAUCCGUUCCCGCCGAGUAUCCUCAGCGAGCGUGUACAUCAGCGUGAAUAGAGAGAAAACCAUGUCCUCAAUAUCCGUUCCCGCCGAGUAUCCUCAGCGAGCGUGUACAUCAGCGUGAAUAGAGAGAAAACCAUGUCCUCAAUAUCCGUUCCCGCCGAGUAUCCUCAGCGAGCGUGUACAUCAGCGUGAAUAGAGAGAAAACCAUGUCCUCAAUAUCCGUUCCUGCCGAGUAUCUUGCUCAUCAGGCUGCGACGGAAGAGCGAGAAAGAAUCCGUAGCAAAUCGAGUACAGGCGGAUGCAGGAUUGAGGAGGUCGAACCUGGGUUGUUCAUUUUGGGAACUUCACACGUUGAAACAACGCACAUGGACAUAUUACAACAUUUGAAAGACCUGCACGCUGAGGAAAUUGCGUUGGAGCUCUGUGCUGACCGGUUCGCAGACUUGUUCGCGGCAGGAGCAUGGGGAGAGCACUUGAGUCAUCGAUAUGAGGAUCGGCUGUUUUUAUGAGGGCUGUCAGGACUAGAUGAACUAGUGACGACCAGACAGUCGUCGAUGUUUCUGUGUGGACCUGGCUCAUCAAAUAAUCUUGUUCCUUCCUGCUCGACCAAAAGAUUUUGUGUACGGGCGAGGGACCAGCACCGCAGUCGUAGAAACGCAAUAAUCUUGUUCCUUCAUCGACCAAAAGAAUUUGUAUACGGGCGAUGCACCACCUUGGUCGUAGAAACGCAAUCUUCCUAAUGCAGUCCUUAGAGUCAGCCCAUUAAUCGGCUGCACAUAUCCUGCACAUAUCCUGCUGAAGUCUUCUAAUUCCAUCAAGGAUAGAAACGUUAUCGCAAGGCCAGGACAUGGCUGCAGCAGCGUGGUACAGCAAAUUUCGAUUAGGGAAGCCAGUGCUUUUGAUGGAUCAUAUGGCGAUCUCACGUUGAUAAUUUGGUCUGAGUGCUACUGUCUGGAACGCGUCCCUCAGACGCAAUCAGGAUCAUCAUCACCGUAUGUAGAAGCACCUCUUCUACAGAUAUGUAUUAUAAGGACGUCGCCCAAUGAAUCAUUCAUCAUCAACAGUAGGUAGGAGCAUCAAACACACACACACUUUCAUAUCUCGGACAUUCCAGGAGACUUUCGCUCAGCUUGCCGAUGACAUACCCUUCGACGCACUGAAGACGCAACUCUUCUGGCAACCCUUGCUGUGGCCUUACACCGUCUACAAACUUCAUAUGCAAUGGGAGAAAGACGUUCGAUUACGAAAAGCGGGGAUUGGAUGUAUUUUACAACCAGGUGAAGACGGUGAAGACGCUGGAGGUGAACGAAUAGGAGAACGAAUAGGAAAAGGAGAAGGAGGUCCAAGAAGUGUUGAGAGAGAAGAAGGCAGCGCUCUGCAAGAAGAUCAAGAUUCAAGAACGAGCAGUACAUCUGCCUCGAGUAGCAGUUGUUCAGGAGGUUCUUCUUUUCAGGAACGGAAGAGCAUCACGGAUGAAAAGGAACGUCGUCUAGAAGUUCAGGAUCGUGCUUUUAGGUCAGGAUCUUCUUCAUCUAGGACUACAGAGACGACUACGACUCCACCAAGAACGAGUACAACACCGUCGACCAGUACAACAUCAACAGGAACACCUUCGCCCAGAAACAAGAACACCGACAAGAACCACCUCGCAAGAGGAGGAGUGACCAAAACGUGGACCGAGCUGGCAAAAGCAGCAGAAAUCCCAGCAUGCUGGCAGGAAUUUGUAGCCUCGAUACCGAUCCCACCGCACAACUUCGAUACUUGGCACAAGGUCGAACUGAUGCUGAAGAAGCUGAGAUACACCUCCGAGGAGAUGGAGCAGAGCUUGGAGAAGAUCGUUAUUCAGUUAUGAGAUGGGAAAAUCAGGUGCUAGAGAAGGUUGUUAUUCAGGUAUGGUUACUUCUGUUAUGGUUUUUUCCUAGGUAGGGACCGCACAAGUUUAGUUGCUCAGGUACUGUGGUUUGGAGGACUUAUCACUUGGAGGACUUCACUUGGAGAUUUCGAUGAAAGACAGGAGGUUGGGGUGGUUGCAAGCGUGUGAGGUACUUCUGUGGUUUGGAGGGAGAUUUCGAUGAAAGACAGGAGGUUGGGUACUUCUGUGGUUUGGAGGUUGCGUAUGAGGACCUCUAAUCCCCAACCGAGACGCGUACAUGGCGAGAAAGCUACUAAACGAGCGACGAGAGCCCAGCAGAACGUGUGUUGCAGUGGUGGGUGAACUGCACGUGGACGGUUUGUUGCGUGAGUUGAGGACGCUACAUUGCGAAACGAGAAGUAGAUUUGAUCUAACAGGAGGCAGUAAGUUAAGGCUCAGCUUUCAAUGGUCAUUGGGGUUGGUCACUGAGAUCGAAGAAGCGACCCCUUUAUUAGAGAACAGGGGAAAAGGAAGGGAAAGGGGAGAGCUUUGAAGGGAGUCUCUUCCGUUCAGCAUCAGUGACCAUUGAAUGCUGAGCUUUAAGUAAGGGAACCACUCCAACUCCAAGUAUAGAGAGUGUCAUCAGAGGCCCAUACAUGACAAGUAUGGAGAGUCUAAGAACUCCACCAAGUGGUAGCCAAAGUGAGGCAACAACCACUGCUCCAAGUAUGAAGAGUCCCACUUCUCCAUCGAUUACAACACCUCCAUCUUCUAGAACUUCUGGAAGCAACGCUCCCCGUGUGCGUCAUGGAGCCGAGAUUCAUGUAGCAACCGCGCCACUAGGCAAAAUGUGCGCCACACAGAGACUCUCAUCACAGAAUUUUUUUGUUCGGAAAUUUUUUGAAGGUCGGUUGAGAGGCGCGCUGAGGUUGGUUCUAUAGUUUGGUUCUUCAUUGAAGAUGUAGAGUUGUUAGCUGCGCUCGGUUCUUCGACUUCCUCUUUCUAGCAGUACUGCAAUCUCAAAAUAUGACGCCCUGUUGGCUCGUUUGUCGCUCUCAACUGACAUUUUCCUCAUUCUUAUUCUGACGACUUGCCGUCCUCGUCAUCAAAGAGGACGCUUAAGAAAGAUAAAGAUUGCACAUCAAGAAGAAAUUAUGUGCACAAUGGGGC